CCAAAGAGGACUCCCUGGUUUAGCGACGUCAUUUGAAACAUGACGAGCAGCUCCAUUGCCUGCAACUGAAGCAUUUACAGUAUAUUGGCCAUCCUUCCUUGGUGGGUCCUGACCUUUCUGCUAUUGAGGAGGGAGACCUGUCUGUUACAGACCAGUAGAGAGAGCCCAAGGAGCUUUAGAGAGGGGGGAAAAGUCCUCAGUGGAUAUCAACAACACAGACAGUGGUGGAUUCCAAAAAUAUAUCCAUCCCAAAGGUAACAGAAGUUCCCCUCCACUAUCUUGGUUGCAUUUGAGACUUGGUCCACAGGAUCUUCAUCCCCAGCACAGCCAUGGAUGUUGGGAGAGGUUUGGAGCUCCAAAAGAUGAACGGGCAACAUAGCAGGGACCUUGGUCCAGAUAAGCUCAAUUUAGAAGAUGGGUUUGACGGGCUGGAGUUCAUGGCAGAGCGAGAUGAGUUCCUGCCAGGGAAGAGCCCAGGAAUAAAGGCACCUCAGUUCACUGAUUUUGAGGGGAAGACGUCAUUUGGAAUGUCCAUCUUUAAUCUCAGCAAUGCCAUCAUGGGCAGUGGAAUUCUGGGACUAGCAUACGCCAUGUCAAACACCGGAAUCGUCCUCUUCCUUAUCCUGUUGCUAUGCAUCGCCAUUUUGUCUGCCUAUUCCAUCCACCUCCUCCUGAGAAGUGCAGGAGUUGUAGGCAUCCGCGCCUAUGAGCAGCUAGGGCACCGUGCUUUUGGACAACCAGGCAAAGUGUUGGCUGGCUCCAUCAUCACCAUGCACAACAUUGGAGGUACCGUAUGUUAUGUGACCGCCAAGCCAUGGUUGGCUUAUGUUAUCAUAUGUAAGCCUCGUGAAUGUGCAAGUACAAGUGUCGUUGAAAAUGCUUCCGUCAUAGCGUUGUGUGUCAACGCGUUGUUGUUUCCCGUAGCGAUGUCCAGCUACAUGUUCAUUGUGAAGUCAGAGCUCCCGUUGGUCAUGCAGGCCUUUCUGGGCCUGAAGGACAAUACUGGAGAGUGGUACUUGGAUGGGAAGUACCUGAUCAUCAUCGUAAGCGUCAUCAUCGUCUUUCCACUCUCACUCAUGCGACAUCUUGGUUACCUUGGUUACACCAGUGGCUUCUCUCUCUCCUGUAUGGUUUUCUUCCUCAUCUCCGUGAUCUAUAAGAAGUUCAACAUCCCGUGUCCACUGGAGAAGAUAACCAGUCAAGAUAACCACUUAGUGUCCGUCCUGGGGGAGAGUCAUGAUAACCACUCAUUUGUCUCCUCUGAUAUGGACUUCUGUGAAGCACAGUCCUUCACCAUCAACAUGAAGACAGCAUAUACCAUCCCCAUCCUGGCUUUCGCUUUUGUCUGCCAUCCUGAGGUGCUUCCCAUCUACACAGAGUUACGAGACGCCACCAAGAAACGCAUGCAGACGGUUGCCAACAUCUCCAUUCUGGCCAUGUUCGUCAUGUACGGGCUGACCGCCAUCUUUGGUUACCUCACCUUCUUUGGUGGAGUAGAUUCCGAGCUCCUUCAUACAUACAUUAAAGUGGACCCCUUGGACACACUGAUCCUGUGUGUGCGUAUGGCUGUCCUGGUUGCUGUUACCCUUACUGUUCCUGUGGUACUCUUUCCGAUCCGCAGGGCCCUGCUGCAGCUGCUGUUCCCAGAGAAGCCCUUCCACUGGGCUCACCACAUCUCCAUCGCCGUGUGUCUCCUCGUCAUCGUCAACCUAUUGGUCAUCUUCGUGCCCACCAUUCGAGACAUCUUCGGCGUCAUUGGAGCGACCUCUGCACCCAGCCUGAUCUUCAUCCUCCCGGGAAUCUUCUACAUCAGGAUUGUUCCUGAAGAAACAGAGCCUUUAAAAUCCAUACCAAAGAUUAUGGCCGCCUGUUUUGCAGCGUUAGGCUUCGUCUUCAUGGUGAUGAGUACGUCAUUCAUCAUCCUUGACUGGGUGUCCGGAGAGUCUCGGAGCGGAGGCGGGCACUAGCAACAGACCAUAAUAAACAGUAAUACCAGCAAAAUGCCAACCAAAUCUAUCCCAAACAUCAAAUUCCUCCACGACGUGCACAUUAUUUAACCAUAGCCAAAUGAGAGGGCCUUGGCUGGACAUGGGAAAUAAUAUAUCAUUAAAAUUCCCCCACAAGAUGGCAUUAUGUGGUGGUAGGUCUUGUACGGGGUGGGAAACAGAACCAGCAACUCAAAAGCAGCAGCUCUGAGGUGACAAACAUUGUGGUUUGCUUUCAGUAUGUUGUUUUGAGGCACUAAUAAAGUUGUCGCAGAGACAACCGGUUCUGAGGGUAAUGAUAUAGCAUAUGUUCGUAUACCAAUGAAUGGCUUCAUCAUUUACCCUCCUUAUCUACCUCCCUUGAAUUUUCAAUGAGAUAUUUUUACACAUAAAGAAAUUAAAUGGAUCUAUUAUUAUUUUUCUCUUUAUGGGAAGUUUUUUUUAUUUUCAAACAAGAUUGUACAGUAUGUUACGUCAUUUUCUCUAUGAUUGUCAUUUAUAAAUCAAGGAAUAUGUAUUAUUUUUAAUCAAAUCCAGAAUUUGUAGUGUUUUUGCACAAUGCCCAUACAUAUUGCUAGGUGUAUUGACUCUAUAGAGUAUCCUAAGGUUUGAUCAUUCCUGUUAGUUUUUUUCCAUGGUACCAAGCUCAUGGUAGCAUAACACAGUCAGACAUUUUCCUAUAAGUGCAGCUAUCAGCCGUGAUAAUGACAGAAGGGAUGACCCUCCCAAUUCCUCAUGACUGAUUGGUUUAAAAACAUUUAUGUGAACUUUAUAUUAUAUCCAGCAACUUUAAAUGGAUAUUUCAAACUUUUAUAUUGUUUUGUUUUUUAUCUGUCAUGUGGUACAUACCAAAAGAAUAUAUGAAAUGUAGUCUAGUCAACAUGGAAUGCAAAUGAUUAGGGGCAGAGAGGGCUGUUGGUGUGAUCGUACAAACAAAUGCCCACUCAACACAAACUCAAUACUGACCUCCGUGUUGCUAGUCAGUCAGAGAGCAGAAGUAGUAUGAUGUCAUCUGCUACCGUUGGACUUGGCUUUUCUGAGUAAGUCUGAGAAAUUCCGAAUAGGGGAGGCCUGUAUAAAGAUGUUGAUCAAUUGAUCUUUUUAAGAGAGCAUGGAGACUGUCUUUAUUUGCUCUUUUAAAAAUGGAGUUAUUCGGCCAAUAAAGUUUCAUGUAAUGGAA